GCGGCUCUGGGGCACCGGGAGCAGGUGAUCCAAGGCCGUGUGGAGAGCCAAUGAGGUCGCGUCCGCCAUAGACCGACUUUGCGAUGGGCAAAUUGCCCUGGGUCCAGGUCCUCACUGAGACAGGAGUUAAUUCUAGCCAAAACCAAUCUCUCAAAACAUUUCAUCACCGUAGAUGUGGGCGCUACUGGACAGAGGGCAUUAAGACAGCUCAGCCUGCUCUUCUUGGGCACUGGUGUGAUUGUUGCCCUUUUGAAGCAGGUGUAAAGUUCUGACUGUAGCACUGAGAGAUUUGAAAUGUGUUUGAGCCGACCUGCUGGUUGGUUGGCACAGAUUUUCAGAGCCCUAUCAGUACUCCACUGGGGCCUGGCACCUCUUUAAAGAUGCGCUAAUGUCAGUCUCUGAGACAGAUCACAGGGUCACCAGCUACAGAUUGGCGAAUAUGAUGUGGCCAUUUCUGAAACUUGGCUGAAGGAUGGCUGCCACGAGGAGCUGAACAUCCAAGGAUAUUCGGAAAGAUAGGUUUGAAACAUCAAAGAAUUUCUGAAUGGGAAUCUUAAAGAUAAAAACACAUCAAUUCUGCUGUUUUUGUCAGCUCACCAGCUCUUGAAAACAAUCAAUCUCUGACUGCAGAGGAGGAGGUGCUUGAGAAGACAGCACAGCACUCACAGCAAGGAGAAUCCGAACACGUGUUCAGUGUUGGGGUGAGAACCCUACCCUAUGGGAAAAGAUUGAUUCACCAAGUCUACGUGCGAGAGAGAUUGUUCCACAGUUUUGUGUGUGGACAGGGAUUCACUGUUGCAUCCCACAUGAUGAGACAACAGCAAGUUCAAACUGGGGAGAGACCGUUCACCUGCUCUGAAUGCGGGAAGGGAUUUACUUCGUCAUCAAAACUGCUUUCACACCAGCGAGUUCAUACCAGGGAGUUCACUUGUUCUGAAUGUGGAAAGAGAUUUACUGAGUCUUUUAAUUUACUGGUGCACCAACGAGUUCACACUGGGGAGAGACCAUAUACUUGUUCUGAAUGUGGGAAGAAAUUUACUGAGUCUUUUAAUUUACUGGUGCACCAACGAGUUCACACUGGGGAGAGACCAUAUACUUGUUCUGAAUGUGGGAAGAGAUUUACUCAGUUCGGUAACCUACUGACACACCAGCGAAUUCAUACUGGGGAGAGACCGUUCACUUGCUCUGAAUGUGGGAAGGGAUUUACUCGGUCAUCUAACCUACUGGCACACCAGCGAAUUCACACUGGGGAGAGACCAUUCACCUGCUCUGAAUGCGGGAAGGGAUUUACUUCGUCAUCUAACCUACUGGCACACCAGCGAAUUCACACUGGGGAGAGACCAUUCACCUGCUCUGAAUGUGGAAAGGGAUUUACUCUGUUAUCUAACCUACUGGCACACCAGCGAAUUCACACUGGGGAGAGACCGUUCACCUGCUCUGAAUGUGGGAAGGGAUUCACUCAGUCAGCCCACCUUGUGAAGCACUACCGAAUUCACACUACCGAGUUUAAACCGUUCACCUGCUCUGAAUGCGGGAAGGGAUUUACUUGGCCAUCAAAACUGCUUUCACACCAGCGUGUUCACACCAGGGAGAGGCCAUUUACUUGCCCUGAAUGUGGGAAGGGAUUUACUGAGUCUUCUAAUUUACUGGUGCACCAACGAGUUCACACCGGGGAGAGACCAUAUACUUGUUCUGAAUGUGGGAAGGGAUUUACUCAAUCAUGUAACCUACUGACACACCAGCGAAUUCAUACUGGAGAGAGACCGUUCAUUUGCUCUGAAUGUGGGAAAGGAUUUACUCUGCAGUCUCACUUACGGACACACCAGCGACUUCACACUGGGGAGAGGCCAUUCACCUGCUCCGAAUGUGGAAAGGGAUUUACUGGGUCAUCUAACCUACUGGCACACCUGCGAAUUCAUACUGGGGAGAGACCAUUCACUUGCUCUGAAUGCGGGAAGGGAUUUACUCGGUCAUCUAACCUACUGACACACCAGCGAAUUCACACUGGGGAGAGCCCGUUCAUCUGUUCUGUGUGUGGGAAGGGAUUUACUCAGUCAACUCACCUAAUGAGACACCAGCGAGGUCACAUUAGGGAGGGGCUAUUGACCUGCUCUGAAUGUGGGAAGGGAUUUACUCGGUCUUCUAUGCUUCUGAGGCAUCAGCGAAUCCACACCGGGGAGAGACCGUUCACCUGCCCUGAAUGUGGGAAGGGAUUCACUGAGUCAUCUAACUUACUGGUACAUCAGCGAGUUCACACUGAGGAGAGGCCAUUCACCUGCUCUGAAUGCGGGAAAGGAUUUACUCAGUCAUCUUACCUGUUGGCACACCAGCGGUUUCACACUGGGGAGAGGCCAUUCACCUGCUCUGAAUGUGGGAAGGGGUUUACUUUGUCAUCUCACCUACUGGCGCACCAGCGAAUUCACACUGGGGAGAGACCGUUCACCUGCUCUGAAUGUGGGAAGGGAUUCACUCAGUCAGCCCACCUUGUGACUCACUACCGAGUUCACACUCGGGAAAGUGUUUAAGUAAGCAGCCUGCUGGAUAUUUAACCCUCACAGCUUCUGAAUCCAGAGACACGUUCAAAAGUGACUGUUGGUGUCAGACUGUAAUUAUUGCUGCUCUAGUCACUGAGAUGGGAGGGGUUUCUUAAUGUUGAUAAAAUGGGAAUGGAGUUUAAUAUUCUGGAUCAGUGACAAAUAAAUGAGUUCUAUUUUAAG